CGAGAAAAACAACAGCUCCAUGGAGUAAACCGUAAGAGUGACUUGUGAGAAGGACAUUCUUUGACUGGAUAUCCUCAAGCACAAAAUUUACUCGUACCUUUAAAUACGAUUGUUGAAGAUCAGAACUGUAUACAAAUCUCAUCAUUCCUGACCAUGAUUAGUGUAACCUGGAGCAUCUUCCUAGUUUGGACUAAAAUAGGGCUGUUACUUGACAUGGCACCUUACUCUGUUAGUGCCAAACCAUGCCCUUCAGUAUGUCGCUGUGAUAUGGGUUUCAUAUAUUGUAAUGAUCGCAGUUUGACGUCUAUUCCUACAGGAAUCCCAGAGGAUGCUACUACCCUCUUCCUUCAGAACAAUCAAAUAAAUAAUGCUGGGAUUCCUUCAGAACUGAAGAACUUGCUUAGGGUGGAAAGAAUAUAUUUAUACCACAACAGCCUAGAUGAAUUCCCUACUAACCUCCCUAAGUAUGUUAAGGAACUGCAUUUGCAGGAGAAUAACAUAAGGACCAUUACUUAUGAUUCACUUUCACAAAUUCCUUAUCUGGAAGAACUGCAUUUGGAUGAUAACUCUGUUUCUGCUGUUAGCAUUGAGGAUGGAGCUUUCCGGGACAACAUCUAUCUCAGACUUCUUUUUCUCUCUCGAAAUCACCUUAGCACCAUUCCCUGGGGUUUGCCUAAAACGAUAGAAGAGCUACGCUUGGAUGAUAAUCGCAUUUCCACGAUUUCCGAGUUGUCCCUUCAAGACCUUACAAAUCUAAAACGCCUUGUUUUAGACGGAAAUCUUCUAAAUAACCAUGGAUUAGGGGACAAAGUCUUCACGAAUCUCGUCAAUCUUACAGAACUGUCGUUGGUCCGCAAUUCGCUCACAGCUGCCCCAGUAAAUUUGCCAGGAACAAAUCUAAGAAAGCUUUAUCUUCAAGAAAACCACAUCAACCGUGUGCCAGCCAAUGCUUUCUCCUACCUACGGCAGUUGUAUCGACUAGAUAUGUCCAAUAACAAUAUUAGCAACUUACCUCAGGGUGUCUUUGAUGAUCUGGACAACAUAACUCAGCUGUUUCUUCGCAACAACCCUUGGCACUGCGGGUGCAAAAUGAAAUGGGUACGCGACUGGUUACAGUCACUGCCUUUAAAAGUGAACGUACGUGGACUGAUGUGUCAGGCUCCAGAGAAAGUUCGUGGAAUGGCUAUCAAAGACCUCAAUGCAGAGCUAUUUGAUUGUAAGGAUGAUGGCAUGAUCAGCACCAUCCAAAUCACUACCGCGGUACCAAACACGUUAUACCCGGCCCAGGGACACUGGCCAGUUUCUGUAACCAAACAACCAGACAUCAAGACUCCCAACCUAAAUAAGAACUACAGAACCACAGCGAGCCCGGUACGCAAAAUCAUUACAAUAUUUGUGAAAUCCGUAAGCACGGAGACUAUUCACAUCUCCUGGAAAGUUGCACUACCGAUGACUGCUUUACGGCUGAGCUGGCUCAAGAUGGGUCACAGCCCUGCCUUUGGAUCUAUAACUGAAACGAUAGUUACAGGCGACAGAAACGACUAUUUGCUUACAGCUCUUGAACCAGAAUCACCAUACCGUGUAUGCAUGGUUCCCAUGGAAACCAGCAACAUCUAUCUCUCCGACGAAACGCCUGAAUGCAUUGAAACCGAGACGGCCCCUCUUAAGAUGUACAACCCUACCACAACCCUCAACCGAGAGCAGGAGAAAGAACCUUACAAAAACUCCAGCUUGCCCUUGGCUGCCAUCAUCGGCGGCGCGGUGGCGCUGGUGGCCAUCGCGCUGCUAGCCCUGGUCUGCUGGUACGUUCACAGGAACGGGUCCCUCUUCUCCCGGAACUGCACCUACAGCAAAGGACGGCGGAGAAAAGACGACUAUGCCGAAGCAGGAACCAAGAAGGAUAACUCCAUCCUAGAAAUCAGGGAGACUUCUUUCCAGAUGAUACCGAUAACCAAUGACCAAGUGUCCAAGGAGGAGUUCGUAAUACACACCAUCUUCCCACCUAAUGGCAUGAAUCUGUAUAAGAACAGCCACAGUGAAAGCAGUAGUAACAGGAGCUACAGAGACAGUGGUAUUCCAGAUUCAGAUCAUUCACACUCAUGA